AUGCUAUCAUCUAUCUAUCUAUCUAUCUCACAUCAACAAAGAAUCUAUCACAGUCCUAUCUAUCUAUCUAUCUAUCUAUCUAUCUAUCUAUUCACACUGUUCAUAUCUAUCUAUCUAUCUAUCUAUCUAUCUAUCUACCUAUCUCAAAUUUCAUAUUUAUCUAAAAAUAUCUAUCUAUCUCAGUAUAUAUCUAUCUAUCUAUCUAUCUAUCUAUCUAUCUCACACUGUUCAUAUUUCAUUUUAUCACAGUCCCAUCUAUCUAUCUAUCUAUCUAUCUAUCUCACACUGUUAGCUCUUCAUAUCUAUCUAUCUAUCUAUCUAUCUACCUAUCUCACACUGUUCAUAUCUAUCUAUCUAUCUAUCUCAGUCCUAUCUAUCUAUCUAUCUAUCUAUCUAUCUAUCUCACACUGUUCAUAUCUAUCUAUCACAGUCCCAUCUAUCAUAUCUAUCUAUCUAUCUAUCUAUCUCACACUGAAAUAUUAUCUAUCACAGUCCUAUCUGAAUCUAUCUAUCUAUCUAUCUAUUCUAUCUAUCUAUCUCACACUGUUCAUAUCCAUCUAUCUAUCUAUCUAUCUCACACUGUUCAUAUCUAUCUAUCUAUCUAUCUAUCUAUCUAUCUAUCUCACAAAUGUUCAUAUUCUAUCUAUCUAUCUAUCUAUCUAUCUAUCUAUCUAUCUAUCUCAGUCUGUUAAUAUCUACCCAUCAUCUAUUUAUCUAUCUUUUACUGUUCAUAUCUAUUUAUCUCAUACCGUUCAUGCAUGUCUAUCUACAGUGCUGUUCGAUAAAAGUGACUCACCUGAUUUUUUUUCCUAA